AUUAUAGUGGACACCGUUUAAAGUUGUGUUUAAUAAUGGAUGUGUUUGGUGUGGGAGUGUCAGCUGAGGCAGUGCCGCAGUGCAGGUGUAAACAAAGACAAGAUAACACGUCUUGCUUAAACAAUUAUUGGUCCAAAUGGUUAUAGAAAUGAUAUUUGCCGCUAUAAUAGGGUGUUAUAUUGUUUCCUCGUUCAUAUUGUUUAAGUUUCCAAUGUUAUUACACAAGAAAAAAGAUGUGAAGUUCGUGUGUAGACAUAUCAGUCAUCGUGGAGGUGCCGGAGAAAAUUAUGAAAAUACAAUAUCAGCCUUCAGACAUGCUGUUGAUGUGGGAACAGACAUGCUUGAACUUGACUGUCAGCUUACCAGAGAUGGCCAAGUGGUUGUGUCACAUGACUCAGUUCUCGACAUUCGCACAGAGUUAAAAGGAGCAAUAUCUGAGUAUAAUUAUGCCGAGCUGCCUCCAAUCAAAGAUCAAAUCCCAAUAGACUUCAUGCCAGGUUUAAUAUUCAGCAGUAUCAAUGAAGAUCGAAGAAUUCCACUGCUGGAGGAAACUUUUCACCACUUCCCAAACACACCAAUUAACAUUGAUAUCAAGAUUGACAGCAAUGAGUUGAUUUCAAAAGUGAGUGACUUAGUAAAAAAAUACCAACGGGAGCACAUCACAGUAUGGGGAAACAUGAAGGACGUAGUAACACAAAAGUGCUACAAAGAGAACCCCAAUGUGUGUCUGCUCUUCAGUGCUCGACGGGUUUGCCUCAUGUUGUUGCAGCUGUACACAGGAAUCCUGCCAUUUAUGCCUCUCAAAGAAACCCACUUGGAAAUAUUUAUGCCAGUGCAUAUGGUAAAGAUUUAUGCCACUCAGUUUGAAUGUAAGUGGUGGCACACACUAGUAGCCAAGAUUGCCAACACGUUGCUCAUCAGGCGCGCUCUAUUUGAACACCUUGCCAAGCGAGGGGUCCAGACAUAUCUAUGGGUAAUGAAUACAGAAGAAGAUUUUCGCAGUGCCUUCGAGACUGGAGCCACUGGUAUCAUGACAGACUAUCCUACUAAACUGAAAGCAUUCCUGGAACAAAAUCCACAGUUUUGUCAUGACCACAAACUGAGCUAAGUGUUGUUCUAGCCGAGUUGUCUCAUAAACAGCUGGCCACUAAAGAGUUUACGUCUUAAUAAAAGUGAUUGUUCCUCCCCAUCCAGUAAGUUACAAUGAGAUUAUGACAAAUUUAUGCUUUAUGGUUCAUAUCAUUUAUUUUUUUAGACCAUCUCUAGUAUAAAAUUUGAAAUUAUAAAAGAUACAAGAUAAUAAGUCUGUUGAUAGUUCCACACUGCUGAAGUGGGUACAUAGUCAGUAUUUUUACAUUUCAAAAGAUUAUUAUGUGGUCCUUUGGAUUAGUUAAUACAGCUUAAGAAUAUCUUGAUUAGCUAAUUGGAUAAUAAAAUUAGUUCCCAAGAUACUGAGUGUAGAUGGCUUUACCAUCCACACUAUAAUGUAACACUCACAGGCACCCACUCUGAGCAGUGAAACAGCUUUCAGUCUUGUACCGAGAUUAUUAUUAUUGUAAGGUUUUCCUCAAAUUUAGAUUACUAAGUGAAUGCUAGCACUGCUACAAACUUUAAAACUAAACUGCUCAAACACUCUAAUGCUCAUUAAGCAGUUUUAAGAAGAUAAAAUUGGGCUUCAGUGUAACAAAUACAGGUCUUAUUGGCCCCAUUAAAUGAGUGACUGUAGAAAUUUUAUGCUUGGAAAUUAUAAAUGUUAACAUCAGUUUGAGGUAAGACAGACAUAUCUUACUUUGUUGUAUACAGUAUUGACUCAUUUUUAUAUUCGUAUUUAUAAAACUAAUAUGACUCAUGUUGUUCACGAAUUACAUGACUUCCUGCAGGCAAUUUUUACUAUGCUCAUGCAUUACUAAAGUCAGUAUCUGACGAAUAGUUUGACAUAAACUUCUAACACAUUGUCAUUCUUAAUAUUCACAAAAAUACAAGGAACAAGUACCGGGUAUGUACAAAUAUGGAAUUUUCACAAUUCAUGGAUAAUGAAAUUUGGCUGUAAAAUAAUGAUUCUUUUAUUAGAAUUUGCUACUGUAUAUUAAUUAUUCUGUACAGUAUAUGAAGAAGUAUUGUAUUUGUCAAAGUGUAAUUUAAAAGACUUAAAAUUUAUAUUUCAUUUUAAUGGGUCAUACGAUAUUUGUGAAAAUUCUGUACAGUAUUAUACUGUUAUCGGAAGGUGCACACUGUAACCUCAGGCAGUUCUCAACACGUUUUAAAAAAUUUAUCGUUUUUGAGACUUUUUUCCAUAAUGUAUUUCUUGCUUCAAUAUUAAUUUAUUGUAUUCUGUCUAUUACAAUUAUUAUACUGUAUAUAUUAUACAGUACUGUAUUACUGAAUAAGGAAAAUACAGAGGACUCGGCAUCGUGGCACGAGAUGGCACGCCUUAUACUCAACUUAAGUCUUCUCAAGGACACAUAAACCCUUGCAUUGGUACAAAAUUAUCUCAAAGAAGCAGCCGAGGUAACUUCGAGAAACCAGGGAAUACUCUAUAUUAUUAAUAGUCCUCCGCUUUAUUACAUAUUUCUCCAAAUACCAUCCGUUAGGGAGCCAACUUUGCUCACAACUACUGUAACUAGAACUAUACAGAGGAAACCAUCUUCUGCAGUGUGUCUGGUUGUACACAAAAUGAGAUGUGAAGGACAAUCUUCAGUGGACUUUUUGGUGCAUGCCAACUUUUAAUACAGUACAGUAAAUCAAAAACUGCACCCAAAGACAACAUGUUACAGAUAUUCCCAUUGUUUGGGUGUCUGCCAAGUUUAAAUGAAGGUCAGCCAAAUUUAUAAGAGAUAAUUUACCCAUGAUGAACCAUUACUGACUUUUUACCCAGUGAGAAUGUGCAAUGGUGCUCUGAGGAUGCAUUCCAGAUUUGGUUUUAGGAUGUCUAAAAAUUUAACAAUUAGGUUACCGGUGGUGAGCCAUCAGUAAAGGUAAGAGAGAAACCUUCUGGAUAUUUGGGAAAAUCUAUUAUUAACCUCAAAACUUUCAGAGUACGUAGUUUACUACUCAUUGUGUAGGAUGAGCUGUUGCACAAAAUACGUAUUUAUUGUACAAAUAUUUCUCAUACAUAUAUACAUAUAUAUAUAUGUUUAUUAUACAGCACCUGUAAUGCUUAGUUACACUAAAAAAUGCAGUACUCUUUCCAAGUCAAGUUAUUUUACUAGUGACUUCGAGAUCAUUUUAGAAUAUUAGGAACAUUAUAGUUAAGACUCGGGUUUAGUCUUAUUUUAGCCCCUUCACUACAGUGAUGCCACUUGUAAUAUUUUAUUUGCCAAACAUCAGAUGAUUUUAUUCAGCUGAGAGAUGACCCUGUAAGCAAAAGGUUAGUAGACUUUCUCCACUAACCCCUACACUACAGGGACACCACUUUUAAUAUUUUAUUUGGCUAAUGCCAGACGAUUUUAUUCAGCUUAGAGAUGACCCCAUAUACAAGGUGUUAACAGGUAAACCAAGACAUAAAGAAUACCAUAUUAUUCCACCUCAUUGACACAUCAUUUGAAUUUCUUGAGGCCAUAAAAGGACUCAUAUUCAUAGUUCCAUUAUUCUUGCUGCUGCGCUCAGUCCAAUGUCUGGUCUCCCAAUGUAUUCAUAUAAGGUCACAUGCUAAGAUUACUUUUUGUUUACCUUUAUUUUUCUUAGUUAAUGCGUCAGUUUUACAGAAUUUAGGGUGAAGUGAGUGGUGUUCAGUUAGGUGAUAUAAAUAUUUUUUCCUACCUUCAGUAUGCAAGUAUUAAUGUUUUGACAGUACCUGAGUAGAUUUCUGAUAGUGAUCAAUAUGUAGGAUUGACAAAUUCUCUAUAGCCACAGAUUAUAUAGAGACUUUUUCAUAUAACUCAGCCUUUCAAAGCAGACUGAAAGCAUCUUAAAAAUAUAGCACCUUGGCACUACCUUCCUCCUGAAAUGAAGUACAGUAAACAUUUCAGUUUGGUAUAGUCAUAACUAAUUCAGUAAUAUAUCGAUUUGGAUGGGAUGAGAUCAAUAGCACCUAAUUUACUAUUAGCUGGAAAAUACUUUGUGCCUGUUAGCAGGAUUGUAUCAAGUGUUUCCCUUUCUUUUGAGAAAAAGUUUGGGGAAUCUUUGAGUUACUAUACUAUAGAAAUUACAAAGGAUUAUCAGUUGAGUUGAUAGGUACCGGUAGUUGCAACUUUUAAUAUACUAGUAGGCCAUAGCUUAUUCUUCCUCCUGCAAGUAUCACAACUUGUUUGACAUGGUUGUAAAGCAGGAUUAUGCUAACAACUCCCUCACUCCAGUUUGCAAACCUCCGAAGGAAGAGACAUGUCUGACUCUUCAUCUAAAUAGAGUACAGUAGGCCCAGAUAAUUUGCGGAUUUUUAUUUCAUGGUCCUCUAUUAUUCGCUGAUGACACCCUGGAUGUACCCAAGAAUGUCUGUGGGUAGUUUUAAAGUUGCCGGUAUUUUAUC